UUGAGACACACACCAAGCUUUGUUGUUAUUAAAAGGAAAGUGACAAAUGGACCAAACACACAUCAAUGACACAUACCUUCCUCUCCUUCAUACAUACACUUUCAUGAUUUUUCCACUUCUUCCUAUCUUCAUUCUUUCUCUCCACUUCAUUUCCUCCUUCUAAUAGUCAUGUUUGAUCCAAGAAAACAAACACUCAAUGACAGUUGGGAGCCUCUAAAUUUUGGUUUCCAAGUAUCAAAAAAGCAUGGGAAUUGGACUAAAAAUGAUGGCGGAGAAGGGAUUCAAUUCAAAGUUCAAGAAAUGGAAGAACAUGAAGAUGGUGGUGUUGAAUCUGGUGCUUCUUCACCACCCUUAUGGCAAAAUAGUCCUCCAAUAAGUCCAGUUAAACAUAGUAUAAAUUAUCGGUCACUUUCGCCGAGUUCUAGAGCUCAAGCCAUAGCUAGAGGCCAAUGGGAACUAAUGGAAAUGGUUAAGAACAUGCCUGAAUCUUGUUAUGAGCUUUCUUUAAAGGAUCUUGUUGAGCAGCCCACUACAGCCACUCAAGUAAAUUGCUUAAUCAAUAAGGAGAAAAACCAAGUUGUGCAGCAUAGGGUCAAGAUAAGGAAGAAUGAUCAAAUUAAGAAAGCCAAGAUGAUGAGAAGUAAUAGUAUUGACAAUGGAGGGCUAUUUCUCAAGAUGGUUUCUCCUGUUCCUUUGAGAUCAAAGAGGAAAAAGAAGAAUUCAGCAAAUACAACUAAUAAAGUUUCUCCUAAACCUGAAGAGUCUGAAAACUCUUCAAAAAGUUUGGAAAAAGACUGGUGGAAGAAGAGAUUUUCUAGUUCAAGUGAGAGUGGUAGUAGCAGGACAAACAGCAGCAGAAAUAGAAGCAGUGGCAGCAGUUCUAGCAGCAGCACUAACAGCAGAAACAACAGCAGCAACAGGAAAAGGAAAGGAUUUUUAAGCAGUUGUUGGUCAAGGUUAUGCUUCAGUAAAAGCAUAUCGGCAGGAUGAGAAUAAGAAGUGAUUGGUGAUGCCACCUACACAUAAUACGUUUAAGUCUUUGUAGAACCUUAUAAUAAUGUGAUGUAUAGUUUUGUGGUAGAUCACUAUAUAUAACAAUAUAUAGUUUUAAGCACGGUAAACUUGUUUUCGUGUAACCUAUAAGUCACAGGUUCGAGCCGUGAAAGCAACUACUAGUGCUUGUAUUAGGGUAAAUUAUCUACAUCACACAUUUGGAGUACGGCCCUUCUCCGAACCAUGUGUGAAUACAGGAUACCCUGUGCAUCCACUGCUUUUUUAUAUAGCUCUAAGGAGAUCUUUGAGCUAUAUUCUUGGAAAGUUAUUCCCCUAAAAUUGCUCUUUCA